CAUCACUCUUGAAUCACACUCAGAGAGUGGACAGAACCACCACAAACGAACAAAACACCCACCAUUAAUUUCCAUCUCUUUAAAGCCUUUACUUUUCAUUCAGGUAUUUCAUCAAACACUUUCUUAAGAAGGAAAAAAAAAACAAACAAAAAAUGUCAACAAACAGAGACGAACAAUUAAAUUACUUAAACACAUCAACAUCAUCAUCAGUCAACGAAGCAGACAGUUCUCAAAUCGGCAGUGCUUCUGGAAGCUUCCAGAACGAUGGAUUCCUUGGCGGCUUUGACGGCGGCGAUGAAGAUUUUGGAUUCUCCCGAUCUGAUUUCCGGCAAAGUCUUGUUGCUGGAACCGUUAAAUACUAUGAAAGGCAUGUUUUUUUAUGUUACAAAAAACCUCAAGUGUGGCCCCCUCGUAUUGAAGCUGCUGAAUUUGAUCGCUUGCCUAGGCUUUUAUCUGCCGCUCUUACUUCCCGGAAAUCAGAUAUGAAUCGCCCGACUCGGCUGACUAUAUGUGAGGGAUAUGAUGGGACCGAGACAUCAAAUGGAGAUGUAUUAAUCUUCCCUGAUAUGAUCAGAUAUAGGAGAUUGACACAUUUUGAUGUUGACACAUUCGUGGAAGAAGUUCUUGUAAAAGAUGGUGAAUGGCUGCCUGGAAGUCCCGAACCACUAAGAGGAUCGUACAUCUUUGUAUGUGCUCAUGGUGCAAGGGAUAAAAGAUGCGGUGUCUGUGGGCCUGCACUCGUUUCUAGAUUCAAAGAUGAAAUAGAGUUGCGUGGUCAUCAAAAUAAAGUGUCAGUUCGUCCGUGCUCGCACAUUGGGGGUCACAAGUAUGCUGGAAACGUGAUUAUAUUUGGAUCAAACAAUCAUGGGAAAGUGACGGGUCAUUGGUAUGGAUAUGUUAUGCCUGAUGAUGUACCAACGUUGCUUGAACAACACAUUGAGAAAGGUGAAAUUGUUGACUGGCUUUGGAGGGGACAGAUGGGUCUAUCAGAAGAAGACCAAUUGAAAGCUCAAGAACAACGGGUUAUAGAAAAUGGCGGUAACAACAUGGAGAGGGGCAUACAAGAGGCAGCUGUGGCGGUACAUAGUGACAGAUCCAAGGUGGAGGGUGGCGGAUGUUGCCAAGCAAAUGGAAGCUCUGCUUGUUGUGGCAGUUCUAAUCCACCUGAAAAUGCAGUGAAUUUUAAUCUUGAUACAAAGCUUAUGGCUGAAAAGAGAAAGGGUAGCAAGAAUCAAAUUUCAAUCAACAUUGGCAAUAAAGUUGCACCCACACCACACAAGGUUUGCACAAUGCCAACAUGGCUCGAGACCUGGGAGAGUGAAGAUGUGUAUGCAGCUCUUGCUCUUAUUGGUGCUGCAGUCUCAGUUGCAGUUGCUUACAACUGUUACAGACAGUUGGGCUAGCUGCAUUUUGUUAACACUAUGUUAGGCAUAUGAGUUUGUAUUACCUGUGAUGUUUGUGAAAUAUCUUUGCGUAUCAAUGUCAGUUGAUAGGUUAAACGUGAAUCUAUCGAGUGAAAGAAUACAAAUGCAGGAAUCAGGACGUGUUGUGUCCUGGUUCCUUCGCUAGUUUGUGGUCUAGCUUUAUACAUCUCUGCUUCGGUGCUACUGGAGUUGCAAUUUGAAUAAACCUGGCUUGCUUUACAUGUAUUUAAUGCUUAAUAUAUGAUAUGGGUCUAUUAGCUAUUUCUUUAAA